AUGGAUGAGAAAGACAAAGCCCUGGUCGGUAUCGUUCAUCGCCGUCAGUCGAAGAAGCCUGAGCCCUUUCAGGUAAAACAUGCGCCUGUAAAAAAAAGAAAGCGCAAGUAUCAGCGGAAGAGCUUAGCGAACCAAACUGAGCAGCAGCCUGCACCGAUCCCGCCCCCGACUAAGAUUAUCAAGCGAACGAAGCCUGCUGCUCCCAAAAAAAUCAAACCGGAGAUAAUUGAUCUCACGAAAGAAACACAACCAUCAGAAAGAGCUCUGCGAAUGGUAGUUAACGAGUUUCUGAACAUGAAGACAGUGUGGAAGAUGACAGUGGUUCACCUGCGAAUCCUCAUCACAAUGAGAUACCCCGAACUCGACGAAAAGGAGGUGCACUUCGACAAGCGGUGGAGAAAAUGGGUCAAGGAUGAACUCGAAGUUCGAUUGAAGCGUUUCAUUCCUCCUUCUGCUCAUCAGGAUUAA